AUGCGGGCCUCGCUGCCCCGCCUGCCCCUGUUCCGCUUUGGCGCAAGCCAGACGCAGGGGCAGGAGGGUGGCUUUGGCUCUUCCGAUCACCUCGACGUCCACCGGGACGUUGUGCUCCGCCUGGAGUGCAUGACCUCCAACGAAGUAAUGUGGCAGGUCGUGAUCAACAUGACCUUCUCCGUAAUAAUCCUGUGGAGCGCCAUCGGGCUGGUCAUUGUGCAGUUCAAAGGGGUCGACGCCUUGAGCGGCUGGAACCACAAGCACUACUUCAUUUCCACUGUCACCAUCGGUGCGCUUUUCCUGGUCGCCCUUGCCACGAUGGGCAUCAUCUACCUGCGCCGCCUGUGGCAUGCUCGGCAGGCGGGCCAGGCGUGGUCGCCCCGCAGGAAGCGGCUCGCCACCACAGCGCUCACGCUCAUCCUAUUAGAGUUCGUCAACCUGUCGCUGUGGGUGGGGAGUUCUGCAUACCAGGCGGCCAGCGUGUGCAACUGGCUGGCGGUCUGCUCCAACGUCAUUGGGUACCUGCAGUGGACGAUCCUCAACUGCAUCCUCCUGGUCAUCAUCUGCAGCGCCCACGACAUGUGCAUGUACCGAAACCCCAGGGUCAAAGGCUACGUGCCCACACCUGCGGUGCUCGUCAUGGACGUUGGAUGGUCGGUGCACUUCCCCAAGCUGAUUCUCUGGUGCCUGAAUCAGGCAGUCAUGUCCGUCACCUUUGGCCUGCUGCUGCAUCGCAUCAUUGCAUACAAGCACAACCGCGCGGCACUCUGCAACUUCCAGGAUGGGAGCUGCCAUCUGAGCAGGGCCGGGAUGGUGACCUUUGCCAUCACGCCUGGUCUACAGAAGCCCGUCGUCUUUCUCAACUUUGUGUACGCCCUCCACCUGUACCCGCCACAGGUGUCCUUCAUCAUCGUGUACCUCAUCAUAUACCUGUCGAGAUACACCAUCAUGAUCUUCUUCACCCUGGCAGUCACCCUCUUUGUGCUCAUGAUCCCAAAGCUGGGAUCCUGCUGGAACUACAUCCUGAUCUGGCUGGGGGCUGUGCCCAUGCACGCCUCGCUGACGCAGACCGCCGUGGGCAUCGGCUUCGCCUUCCUGCCAGAGAACGCCAAGCGCGAAGGCCACAUUCCCCAGAUCUGGCUCCAGGAGUUUGCCUGGAGCGAGGAGACGAAGCCGGCGUGCCUGGCCAGGCGGGACGCCCACAUGCGCGACCAUGCCGACCUGGGCAAGCAGCCCAUGUUCUGCAUGGAGACCUGCCUCAAGCUGCUGUACUGGUCAAACCUGAUCUACGACCUGGAGUCGGUGGUGGGCGGGCUGGCGACCCUGGAGACAGCCACGUCCCUCUACUCCCAGCACUCGCACGAGCUGCUCUGGGACCUGGAGACAGACACCAAGGCGGUGGUUGCCUGGGGCACAUCGCAUGUUGUUGUCGCCUUUGCUGGCACCUCCAGCAUGGCCAAUGUGCUGACAAACCUCAAGGUGAAAGCUGGGAGGCGGCGUGGCUUCUACCUGGCGUACACCAAGAACGACUACAACCUGAAACUCAUGACAAAGCUCCUGGACAUCAAGGCCAGCUCGUCCAACCCUGAUACCCUGACCUUUCUGUUCACCGGCCACUCCCUGGGCGGGGCCCUAGCCACCCUGGCGGCACACGAGUUUGUGCAGCGCAGUCCCAAGAACCCUCUCAUCACGUACACGUAUGGAGCCCCAAGGGUCGGCACCCGGAGCUGGGCCAACGAGUACAAUACCCUCAUCAGGGACCACUUUGCCAUCAUCUGCGACCAGGACCCUGUGCCCCGCGUGCCCAAGGGCUUCAGCUACAAGCGCGUGGGGGAGCGGGUGGUCUGCGACCUGCGUGGCAACCUGAUGAUCCGGCCCUCGCCCCUGGAGAGCUCCAUGUGGAACUACAAGGGUGGCUACAUCGUGGACCACCUGCUGACGCAGCACCGCCUGGCAUUCGCCAGCAUCAUCAAGGCGCAGUUUGGGCAUGCGGCGCUGAAGGGCGGGAUGCAGGGCGUGGAGGCCCUCGCCAAGACCCUGGACCUGGACGCGGUCCUGCUGGCCAAGAACUGCGACCUGGAGAGCCUGCGGGAUCCGGGGUCAAAGCCUGUUCCCCUGGAGGUGGCCGCACGCAUGGCCCAGGUGACGGCGGGAGGGGCCCCUAGAGGUGGGACGCGGCCGCCGCUGUACAACACCCUCCUUGGCUGCAUAAUGUGCUCGGCCACAGCAGGCCAGGCCGCCGCGGAGGGCGAGGAGGUCGUCGCUGUGAAAGCCGGCCCGCUGCUCCCGCUCGCGAAUGAGGCGGGCACGGCCGUGGUCCUGCCGGGCACCACGGGAUUGGUCGUUCCCGUGGGCAGCCUGGACUUGGCAACAGAGGCUGUAUUUGACGGUCAUGGCGGCCGACUGGCGGCCGACUACCUUGAGAAGAAUCUCUACAAUGUUUUCAACGACAUCCUCAAGGAAGACACCAUCAGCCUGACCUGCAGUGUCAAAGACCUAGGGGACGAGGACGCACUGACCUGCGGCUGCACCGCCACCACAGUGCUGGUUCACCCCGACCGCCUCAUCGUGGCGAACGUGGGCGACUCCCGCGCCGUGCUGAGUCGCGGAGGGGAGGCCCUGGUCCUCUCCACUGAGCACCGCAUCCCCGAGGACGGCUCCGAGAACGAGGAGACCGCCCGGAUACGAGCGGCCGGGGGCUGGGUGGAAGAUGAGCGUGUAUGUGGCAUGCUGGCCGUCACCCGCGCCUUCGGGGACCCGGAAUUCAAGGGCGAGGGCCUGCAGAAGCUGCUGCGCCGCGGUGUGGAGGAGGGCUUCUGGACCCAGGAGGAAGCCGAUCAGAGGCACUUCAGCGCAGACCCCGUGACGGCGCUGCCAGACGUGACGGCGCUGGUGCGCACUCCUGACGACGAAUUCCUGGUGGUGGCCAGCGACGGGCUGUGGGAUGUGCUGAGCAGCGCGGAGGUGCUCAAGGCAGCGCGGCAGGGCCUGCGGAAGGGCCUGUCCUUGCAGGCAGUGGCCGACACGUUGGCGGACCGCGCGCUGCGCCGCCACACCUACGACAAUGUGGCCGUGGUGGUGGUGGACAUGGGCGGUGGGCGGCAGGGCUGGAAGCCGCAGGCCAAGGGCCUACUGCGCGGCCUGUUUUCCAGCAGCUGA